CCUAUGUCGAGUGCUCUCCUGCUUCAGGCGUAACGGGAAAUAUUACUACAAGGACAGUUCAAGCUACUUGAUUCGAAACCAGCGAUACGUUUUUUUUGUCACAGUCAUACUCCAGGUACGCUCGUUGUUCGGGUGUUUUGUUAAAGUACGACUAAUCGUCUGGGUUGAGUUAAAGAGAACAGGUCCCACCAUGCGUAGAGCGCAUCUCCUCUUGAUUCCCGUGCUGCUGGUCCUCCUGGCCCUUCCCAUCUCCAGGGGACACUACAACGAUGACUUCGACGAUGGCGAGGACAUCGCAGACUUUGACGACAACGACUUCGCUGAGUUUGAAGACAUGAACGAUGAUCCGGCGGCUGAGGCAGAAACUGCCCCCCCGCCUCGCGCCUCGCCUUCCUCGCAGCCUGAAGAGGAGGAAGACGAAGAUGAAGCCACCGUGGAGCUGGACGAUGGUCUGGAUGGCUUUGAGGACUCCGAGACACAGGAUCAAGACAUGUACAGUAAAUAUGACCAGGAGGAGUUUGAGGUGACUGGAGACAUGGAGAAGCCGGGCCACUCCAUGAAAGACCCUCUUAUAAUCCACACGGUUCCUGCACAUCUGCAGAACAGCUGGGAGAGUUACUACAUGGAGAUCCUGAUGGUCACCGGCCUGUUGGCCUAUAUCAUGAACUACCUCAUCGGCAAGAACAAGAACAGUCGCCUCGCUCAGGCCUGGUUCAACUCACACAGGGAGCUUCUGGAGAGCAACUUUGCACUAGUGGGUGAUGACGGCACCAGUAAAGACGCAGUGAGCACCGGGAAGCUGAAUCAGGAAAAUGAGCACAUCUACAACCUGUGGUGCUCCGGACGUGUGUGCUGUGAAGGCAUGCUGAUCCAGCUCAAGUUUCUGAAGAGGCAGGACCUGCUCAACGUGCUGGCCAGGAUGAUGAGGCCUGCCGGGGAUCAAGUGCAAAUCAAAGUGACGCUGAAUGAAGACGACAUGGACACUUUUGUGUUCGCUGUCGGCACCAAGAAGACGAUGGCCAAGCUCCAGAAGGAGAUGCAGGACUUGAGUGAGUUCUGCGGUGACAAGCCUAAGUCCGGGGCCAAGUAUGGGCUCCCUGACUCUCUGUCUAUUCUGAGUGAGAUGGGCGAGGUCACAGAUGGGGUGAUGGACAACAAGAUGGUGCAUUAUAUCACCAAUCAUGCUGAAAAGAUCGAGUCCAUCCACUUCUCGGACCAAUUUUCUGGUCCAAAAGUUAUGCAAGAGGAGGGUCAGCCCUUAAAGCUGCCUGAGACCAAGAAGACGCUGUUGUUUACAUUUAAUGUGCCUGGCAAGGGCAACCCUUCUCCCAAAGACAUGGACUCUCUGCUGCCUCUCAUGAACAUGGUGAUCUACAGCAUCGACAAAGUCAAGAAGCUCCGUCUCAACAGAGAGGGCAAAAUGAAGGCUGACAGAAACCGGGCCCGUGUGGAGGAGAACUUCCUGAAGCAGACUCACGCUCAGCGGCAGGAGGCAGCUCAGACACGCCGGGAGGAGAAGAAGAGAGCCGAGAAGGAGAGGAUCAUGAAUGAGGAGGACCCGGAGAGACAACGUCGUCUGGAGGAAGCGGCUCAGCGACGUGAUCAGAAGAAGAUCGAGAAGAAGCAGAUGAAGAUGAAGCAGAUCAAAGUGAAAGCCAUGUGAGCGAGCAGCACAGAGGACUCGAGCGCACCGCUCCGGCUCACAGUCGCUGUAAAUGGUCGAGCUCUGCCGUCUCCGUCACCACCUGCUCUAUAUUUGGUGUGGCUCAACCCAAAUGACUGAGAGUGAACUGUCCAUUUCAAGUGGGAGGGACUUCUUCCAGCAUCAUAUCGCCACAAUUUUUUACUAUUAUUUUUCUGUCCAGCUAUUUUGUCAAAAUGAAUUGGAGCUGUGUUUGACAGCCGCGUAGCUCGGUGAGCUUUUUAAACUUCAUCUGCUGGGAGAGAACGCACUAUUUGGUGGUUUUGAGCCACAUUUUUAAAAAGCAUCGCUGUGGUUUCAUUGGAAAUUUAUUCGCAUUAAUAUAAUCUUGAAAGAAUUUUAAUUUAUAUCUGAUUAUUUCCAUUUCUUGCAGGCUGUUUCUAAUGAUUAUCUGAGCAAACAAUAAAAUGCACUGGAGUCUGUUGGAAGACUGUCUGUUUUUCUAGAUCAGAUUUGAUUUACAGGUGAUAAACGGUUUCAUACUAAUCAGACCU